AUGAGGCGGCGUUAUGAGGACGAUGGCAUCUCCGAUGAUGAAAUUGAAGGGAAGAGGACAUUUGACCUUGAGGAAAAGCUGUCUACCAACAAGUUUAACUCCACCUUCGUGGUCUUCAUGGAAGGCAAAGACUUCACAGUUGAAUACAUCCAGCGAGGUGGCCUGAGAGACCCUCUCAUCUUCCGGAGCUCUGAUGGCCUGGGGAUAAAGAUGCCCGAUCCGGACUUCAGCGUGAAUGAUGUGCGGCUGUGCGUCGGGAGCCGACGGAUGGUGGAUGUCAUGGAUGUGAACACGCAGAGGGAUAUUGAGAUGUCCAUGGCACAGUGGGCACGCUACUACGAAACACCGGAGGCUGAGCGGGAGAAACUUUACAAUGUCAUCAGCCUGGAGUUCAGCCACACCAAACUGGAGAACCUGGUGCAGAGACCAGCUACGGUGGAUUUGAUUGACUGGGUUGAUAACAUGUGGCCCAGACACCUGAAGGAGAGUCAGACAGAGUCUACGAAUGCGAUCCUGGAGAUGCAGUAUCCAAAGGUGCAGAAAUACUGUCUGAUGAGCGUCAAGGGCUGCUACACAGAUUUCCACGUGGACUUCGGUGGUACUUCUGUGUGGUACCACAUCCACCGAGGGGGAAAGAUAUUCUGGUUGAUCCCUCCUACACCCCAGAACCUGGAGCUCUAUGAAAACUGGCUUCUCUCAGGGAAGCAAGGAGACAUUUUUCUUGGGGACAGAGUGUCAGAGUGCCAGCGCAUCGAGCUCAAGCAGGGCUACACAUUUGUCAUCCCCUCAGGUUGGAUCCAUGCUGUGUAUACUCCCAUGGACACGCUGGUUUUUGGAGGCAACUUCUUACACAGCUUCAAUAUCCCUAUGCAGCUCCGGAUCUACAGCAUCGAAGACCGCACGCGGGUCCCAAAUAAGUUUCGUUAUCCCUUCUACUACGAGAUGUGUUGGUACGUGCUGGAGCGCUAUGUCUACUGCAUCACCAGCCGCUCACAUCUGACCAAGGACUUCCAGAAGGAAUCGCUCAGUAUGGAUAUGGAGCUGAGCUCCUCGGACUCAGUAAACAUGGAAGAAGAGGAGGAGGAAGAGGAGGAGGAUGCAACAGGGAAGGAACCCAGGCGACCGGUCACGAGGCGGUCCGUUCUCACCAGCCCCAUAGCCAACGGUGCCAAUGUGGACUAUGAUGAACUGGGUAAGAGCUGCCGGAGCAGCUUGCCGGCACUGAAGAAGACCCCAUCAAUAGACUCUUCCGACUCUAGCCGGGGCUCCCAAAACGGCCAGGCCUGGGACCCGAAUGGUGGCAGCCCACGCAAGACCAGGAAGGUGCACCUGACGCAGUUUGAGCUGGAGGGGCUGCGCUGCCUCGUGGACAAACUGGAGUCGCUCCCUCUGCACAAGAAGUGCGUUCCCACCGGCAUUGAGGAUGAGGACGCCCUCAUCGCUGACGUCAAG